AUGGAACCAAAAAAGUUAUUUUUGUUUGAUUUGGAUGGAACUCUUACUCUUCCAAGAAAACCAAUAAUGGAGGAUAUGGUAGUUGCACUCAAGAACGCAAAGAGCAAGGUUAAGAUAGGAGUGGUUAGUGGAUCUGACUAUAACAAAAUAUGUGAACAGCUACAGAAUAAUGAAUUGAGUUGCAGUCAUUAUAUAUUCAGUGAGAAUGGGGUGGUAUUUUAUGAGGAAGGAGUAAAAGUAUGUGCAGAAAGCAUCUCAAAACACUUAGGAGAGGAGAAUAUCAAAAAAUUUGUCAACUAUUGUUUGAGAUAUAUUGCUGAUUUGGAUAUUCCAAUAAAGAGAGGAACUUUUAUUGAAUAUAGGACAGGAAUGUUGAACAUAUCACCAAUUGGGAGGAAUUGUUCUUAUGAGGAAAGGCUAGAAUUCUUUGAGUUUGACCAGAAAAAUGGAAUUAGAGAGAAAUUUAUUCAAGAUUUAUCAAAGGAGUUUUCAAAUUUGGACCUUCAAUAUUCAAUAGGAGGACAAAUUUCCAUUGAUGUUUUCCCACAGGGAUGGGACAAAAGGUACUGUUUGAGACAUGUUGAGAACAUGUUUGACGAGAUACACUUUUUUGGAGAUAAAACGUACCCAGGUGGAAAUGAUCACGAAAUCUAUAAUGAUAAAAGAGUCAUUGGACAUAAUGUCAUUAACCCAAAUGAUACAAUUCAACAACUAAGUAGACUAAUUUGA